AUGAAGCUGGCAGCAAAGACCUUCACACCAAGCACCGCAGAUCUUCCCUUCACAGAUGCAGGUGCGAGCGAAGACUCGGGUAUGGCCAAUAAGCCCGGUGAGCCCGCUUUCCAGUUGUGGCUCGACGUGAAAAAGGUGGUAUUUCCAACCACUUCAGAACCAUCCUAUGUGAAUCUCCGACUUCACAAUCCGACAGACAAGAGAAUCACAUUCAAAGUUCGUUGCACUUCAGCGGAGCUGUUCCGUGUUCAACCGCCGAUUGCAUUCAUCAAUGCCGGUGCAACUGUCAAUCUUGUGAUGUGGAGCGCCAACACCCACCUGCAGCCGGAGAAGAAGCAUUAUUUCGCAUUUUACCACAAAAAUGCGUCUCCGAGUGCUCGUCAGUCUCCGCCACUAUGGAAGGAUGGGCUGAAAGACGCGGAAGGAGUUCGUCGUAUCCCUGUCGUCUUCCUUCCUCCAUCAUCGUAGAAAGGAACGCUAAUAAGAAUUUUUACAUUGAAUUUAACGAUCUAAAAUUCAUUUUUUGUAAAUGCCACCAAAUAAAACGUUCACUUGUG